CCCUUCUCCUGAAUCAUCCAUUUUCACUUCUCAAAAACUUCGACAACGAAAUUACAAUCCUCUACACAAUCUCUAUAUCAGUAUCCAAUGCCCUUAAAGUCCUCAACCUAACCUUCCUGGUAUUAUUGACCACUAGGAAAAACUUGUACUACAGUGGGCCAAGUCAACCAGAAAUAACAAUGGUGGGGUUUGGUGUGUGUGUGUGUGUCGACCAUGACGUCACAGGAGGAUGUGAUGUCACAGGUGAAAGUAAGGUGGAUGGGGGUUCCCGUCGCCAGUGGCCACGACCUGACCCCCACAGCCUGGCCGACCAUGUGGGUGAGAGAACACUUGGUCUGAGCACAUGAUGGAAGUGCCUUAACGACCAGGUUUGGUGACUGUCCCUAUACUUGACCCUUACUGUGGCAAGUAUUGACACGUGUUAAGGUAGAGAACAGUAGGCCAAGAGCCCCAACCUGGUCCUAGUACACAAGGACCGCCUGGCCUGGUUAUUAGAUGACAAUUGCGUGAAGAAGACCGACACAUCCAAGCACUGCCUAACAACCACAAAUAUAUUUCUCCCAAAUAAGACGAUGCGGUGGUCGUGGGUGUUGAUGGGCGUGGUGGUGUGGGCGUGUGUGGGCGUGAAGGCUAGUCCUGAAGCAGCGCCACAACCUGAAGCGGUGGCAGAGGCUGACCCAGACCCUGCCAGAGGAAAACGACAGUUAUCAGCCAUCGGUAGCAUGCUACACCACAUGAGACAGUCCUUCAACACUGGGCUCUACACCUUGGGUGCCACAAUAGACCACCACGUUGUGCCUGGGGUACGUUACGCUGCCGAGCGCAUCACAGAAGACGUCGCCCCGAGCAUUGGUAAAGCCAUCAUGAAGGCUGGGAACCGAGUUGCUCUGAAAACUGCGGAGAGCGUACAGGCAACGGCCCAGGUAGUGAAUAACAAGAUAGUGCCGGCUAUUGAAGACCACCUGGUGGAGAUGGGCAACGCUGCAGUGCCCUAUAUCAACCACGGUAUUGAUGUCUUGGAGGCCGGGAUACAACGAGGCGCCCAGGUUGUCUCCAGAUCCACGGCCAAAGGUAUCGACCGUUUAGGAUCCAAAGUCCUGGGCGAGCAGCGACACAACCGCGUCAAGAAUAUCGCCCACAACAUCCAGGGAGGUAUUAGUAGUAGUCUUAACACACUAGCUAGUGCUAUUACCAGCUUCAACUCACCCCAAGACUCUCACACUUACCCUACCACCGACCGAGAUUACCAUGACUAUAUAGUCUCCCAGUACAGUGACUAUAACCACGACCCCCAGUACACGGACCACUACUACCACUCCCCGGACCCUUCCUCCCAGUACUAUUACUCCCCGGACGCCUACUCCCAGUACUCCCAUUCACCACUACGGUCCCACCAACCUGCAGUACGGACGGUAGGCGAAGCUCUAAGCAAAGUAGUGGACAACACGGCCUACUCACUCUCAACCCGCCUGCUGGGUAGUAACCUGACUAAGGCCGUAGCUCCUCUAGCGAAGUCCGUCACUAAAUCCAUGGGACAAACUAUACCUGCAGUUUCCUUCGGUGACGGCCGUAUCGUGAUCGAUCUGCCGGGGACGGAGACGCAGAAGUCGGACAACGUGAGGGGCUGUACAACGCCUGCGGGGGAGCAAGGGUACUGUAAGGACCUCAGCGACUGUCCUGACCUCAUCCUCGACCUCACCAACCUACGCAAGUCUGUCUGUUUCAAGAGUCUCUUUGUCCCGGGCGUCUGCUGCCCCUCCGACGGGCUAGAAAGUGUCAACAGUGUAAACGACCAUCCUGGUCGACCAAGACCAGUGAACACCCCUGACCGUCCAUCCCGACCAGUUACCGCCCCCCCACCACCCAUCCCUCCUCUCGCAAUCACCACCCGCCGCCCACCACCCGUGAGUGGCAGCACACCCAGACCACGGCCAAUACAACCCCUCACAGAACGUCCCCCCACUGACUCCUUCCAGUGUGGAGUGCCCAAGAUCCCGACUUUCCGUGUGGUGGGCGGGGUGGAGUCGCGUCGCGGACAGUGGCCAUGGAUGGCGUCCGUCUGGCUCCACGGGCCCAAGAAGACCGAGUUCUGGUGUGGCGGAUCUCUCGUGUCCAGCCAGUACAUCCUGACGGCCGCCCAUUGCACUAAGGACUCUAGGGGCAAGACAUUCAACCCUCAGCAGUUCAGUGUGCGUCUGGGUGACCACAACAUCUUCAGCCAGAGUGAUGACUUUAUCUCCAACCCUCAGACUUAUAGAGUGACAGAAAUCCAGCCUCAUCCAGACUUCAAGGCUCACGGGUUCUACAACGACGUGGCGCUGAUCCGUCUUGACCGCCCUGUGGACUUCACCGAGUACAUCCUGCCUGUGUGUCUGCCCUCUGAGAACUUCUCCAGGCGACCCCUCGACAGUAUGGUGGGCCAGACCCCCUCUGUAAUAGGCUGGGGGUCCACCUUCUAUGGAGGGCAGGAGAGCUCGUCACUGAGGGAGGCUCAGCUACCCGUCUGGAAGAACAGCGACUGUAACGACGCUUACUUCCAACCCAUCACUGAGAUCUUCCUGUGUGCUGGCUUUGUUGAGGGCGGCCGGGAUGCCUGCCAGGGCGACAGUGGAGGGCCCCUUCAGUUAUACACAGAGGGCCGCUGGGUACAGAUUGGUCUCGUCUCCUUUGGAAACAGAUGUGCCGAGCCUGGCUACCCUGGGGUCUACACGAGAAUCACACACUUUAUGCCCUGGAUACGAAGCAACUUGCGCUGAGUCUAGAAACUUUAUAAAAAUGUGAUUUUAUACGUCCAGGACUCUAGAACCUUGAUAAUUUCAUACACAGCAGUUCUGUAAGUGGGAGAUGCCUCUAUCUUCGUGGAUAAGCAGAAUACUUAAACCCCUAUAUGUUAUGGUUCUACAUCUGGAAUCCUGAAAUAUUAAAAAAGUGGUUCAAUGUUUGUGGAAUCCUGAAACCUCUGUAGAAUAUGUAUGUGUGUCUAUGUAUGUGUGUGAGUGGAACCUAUCAACUUCCUUCUUAACAUGUGAAACCUUGGAACCUUCAUAAUUAAUUUUUUUGUGAGUGGAAACCUGGAACCUCCGGGUAUAGAGGACCUUGGAACUCAAAUAGACUGCGGCUCAAUGCUUCCCGUAUACUGUAGAUGGUUCCACAAGUAACGAACCUCUCUCAGUCUCCAAGGAUGAAGUUUUAUAUUGUAAACCAAUUCUGGCUCCACGAACAGAGGUUUUCUUAUAAAACACCUCAACUAUCAAAUAAAUUAACUCUAUACUGUACAUGUUUAUUCUCUGAACCCUCUAAGGUCAAAGGUCAUCCACUCAAAAUGCACCUGUUAAUCCCAUCAUUCACCCCAGGUCAAAGUUCAGUUUGGAUACAAGUCCUUAGGUCUCUAUUAAUAUCAGUUUUACAUUUUAACACCGAUUGAACCCUGGAACUUAUAAUGUCAAGGUUCUCUUAGUAAUACAUAGUGAAAGGGUUCACCAGAACCUCGCAAUUCAUAUCCAGAACCCAAAGUAUUUAACUCGAACCUUUCUUGGCCCUUCUUGGCUCAAAUAACUUAUUAUAAACAGUGGAACAUCACUCUAAAUUUCUUGUUCUCAUGAUCGCGCUAAAACAACGUAGCAUUGUGAUCUAAACGUCUAUGAACCCAGGUGUCUUCAUUUUAUAAAAUUUCAUGGCCAGUUUUGUUCAUACUAUCUGACAGAAAACCUGCAAUGUUCUCCCGAACUCUCUAAUCAUUUACUCACAAUCAUCCAUUGAAACCCCGAUUUCACGAGUGUCAUGAUUUUCUCUUGUCCUCCGAACCUCUGCUGUACUAUUUAAGACUUUGAAUUCGAAUUCUCAAACCAUAGUAAAUAAUUUUUUUCCCAGUAAAAUAGGGUUGAGAGAAAGCAUCCAUUUAAGAUAAAAUUUCAAUGCAAUACCAACUGUACACCAUGUUUGGGUGGUAGUGUAUUAUUACAUCUGUUAGCGGGUAAAAAUAUUAACGAACAAACUUCAAAGAAUCUUGAUUCAGUGUGUUCCUGUGAAUCUCAUUUUAUUAGCGAUUGUUUGUAAACGAAAUAUCUGAUACAGGGGAUAGUUGUUAUUACAUUUUUUGUUGUGUAGUGUAGCUGUGUAGUUUUAGCAUUAUUUUUGUUUAGCUGUUAUUGAAGUGCCCGAUGAAUAAAAUGGUCAUAAUUGUUUUGUUGUUCUUGUAAAAUACAUUGUAACUGGUUCGUUCAGACAUAAGUCAUAAUAUGUAUGUGUCAAUUUACGUAAGACGAGAAAGCCUCACAACAGCGCGUGACAGAGACGUGACCGAUCGCCCGGGCGGCUAACGAGCCGAUCAGUGGCGAAGAGGAUAAAAGUAAAAAGUAAAUGACUGUACCUGUAAUUAUUAGAAUAACGUUAAUGAUAAUAACUUUAUUGUAGAAUGAUAUCCAUACAUGACCGUAAAUACAAACAUAAACUGAAAUAAAGAAUACUACUGUUAUAGUUGUUUAGACAACAUAUCCAUGAGAACCUAGUAACAGCUGUAAAUAUUUUUGUAUCCUUGUAAACAAACGCUAUACUGUAUCUUGGGUUACAGUUACCGGAACGCUAAACAGUGUGAGAAUUGGAGAGUAUUGAAGGCGGCCAGGCGGGUAAUUGUUUCAACGUUGAAUUGAUGGUCAGUCUUAAAGUGUUAUUUCAACGUCAAUGAAGAACUGAAUUAACUGCAUGUGGCUGCUGGGGAGGAGCUCGGUUAACUAAGCAUAUCAUUUAUUAAUACUAUUUAUAAUUUCAUUGUUCAUUAUUUCAAUAAAUGUAAGACACAAUGGCUGAUGAAUCAGCUUUUAAGCUACAAAGUAACAUAUUUAUAGCUCUGUAUCCCUUUGGCUGGAUGAUGAGGUAAGAGUCCUGGUGACAUGACAAUGUACUUAACUAACCUACUUAACCACAAAAUAAACACUCAAAGAUUCU